CUCGGGCAGCGGGCUGAGUGAGCUGCUGCCGCCGCCGCCGCCGCCGCCGCCGCCGCCGGGGGAGGGGCGGCCGCCGCCCGCCUGCGCUCAGAGACUCACGCAGCCCCAGUCCCGCCAGUCCGCCAACACAGUAGUGCCGGCCCCCCCCUCCUUCCCUGGCCCUCCCCCUCACCGCCUUUGGCUCGCUCCGCCUUUUUGCCCCCCACCCCCACCUCACGGGCACGGGCCAUUCCCGGCCAGGAAACGCCGUGGCGCCGCGCUGGGCCUAACUCGAGUCCUGCUGCCUACCGGGAGUGCCGUGCGCCGCAGCCCGGGCCCAGGCCUGGGACAAGGUCUUCAGAGCUACUGGCAGAUAAUUUUGGGGGACUUCAUAUUCAGAGGUCUAUAAAAAGGAUUCCCCAUGUCCGUAACAUGUUGGUUAAGGCUCUGCAGCUCACCCCCACUCUCAGAGUGGCCAGUCUCCAAUAAUUGGACCCCGUGAUUUCCACUCUCUGCUGUGUUGGACGUCAUGAGCAUUGCAAUCCCUCUGGGAGUCACCACACCAGAUACAUCCUACUCAGAUAUGGCUGCUGGAUCAGACCCUGAAUCUGUGGAGGCUAGUCCAGCAGUUAAUGAGAAGAGCGUGUAUUCCACUCAUAAUUAUGGGACCACUCAGAGGCAUGGGUGUCGAGGACUGCCUUAUGCUACGAUCAUCCCUCGUUCUGACCUGAAUGGCCUGCCGUCGCCCGUAGAGGAACGCUGUGGAGACAGCCCGAACUCUGAAGGAGAGACUGUUCCUACCUGGUGUCCUUGUGGUCUUUCUCAGGAUGGCUUCCUUCUCAACUGUGACAAGUGCAGGGGAAUGAGCAGGGGGAAGGUUAUUAGACUUCAUCGGCGGAAGCAGGACAACAUAUCAGGUGGGGAUAGCAGUGCAACAGAAAGCUGGGAUGAGGAGCUUUCUCCUUCCACUGUGUUGUAUACAGCAACACAGCACACACCUACAAGCAUCACCUUAACCGUUAGAAGAACCAAGCAAAAACGGAAAAAGAGUCCAGAAAAGGGUCGUGCAGCACCAAAGACGAAGAAAAUCAAGGCAUUUCGAGAGGGAUCCCGGAAGUCCUUGCGGAUGAAGAAUUCUCCUUCUGAAGCACAGAAUUUAGAUGAGAAUACAACUGAGGGAUGGGAAAAUCGGAUAAGACUAUGGACUGAUCAGUAUGAAGAAGCCUUCACUAAUCAGUACAGUGCAGAUGUACAGAACGCCCUUGAACAACAUCUUCAUUCUAGCAAGGAAUUUGUGGGCAAACCUGCUAUUUUAGACACUAUUAAUAAGACUGAAUUGGCCUGUAAUAAUACAGUUAUUGGUUCCCAAAUGCAGCUACAGUUGGGAAGAGUCACUCGUGUUCAAAAGCACCGGAAAAUCUUGAGGGCUGCAAGAGAUUUGGCUUUGGACACUCUCAUAAUAGAGUAUCGAGGCAAAGUCAUGUUACGGCAGCAAUUUGAGGUCAAUGGGCAUUUCUUCAAAAAACCAUAUCCCUUUGUGCUCUUCUACUCAAAGUUCAAUGGUGUAGAGAUGUGUGUGGAUGCACGUACUUUCGGUAAUGAUGCUCGGUUCAUCAGAAGAUCAUGUACACCAAAUGCAGAGGUGCGACAUAUGAUUGCAGAUGGGAUGAUUCACCUCUGUAUCUAUGCUGUGUCUGCCAUCACCAAGGAUGCUGAGGUCACCAUAGCAUUUGAUUAUGAGUAUAGUAACUGUAAUUAUAAAGUGGACUGUGCAUGUCACAAGGGGAACCGGAAUUGCCCAAUACAAAAAAGAAAUCCCAAUGCUGCAGAACUGCCACUUCCACCUCCUCCAAGCCUACCCACCAUCGGAGCAGAGACAAGGCGUAGAAAAGCACGACGGAAAGAGCUAGAGAUGGAGCAGCAGAAUGAGGCUCCAGAAGAGGAUAACAACCAGCAACCAGAACAAAUUCCUGAGAAAGUAACUGUAUCCAGUGACCAUGAGGAAAUAGACAAUCCAGAAGAAAAAGUAGAAGAAAAAGAAGAGGUUAUAGAUGACCAGGAGAACCCAGCUCAUAGCAGGAGGACUCGGGAAGAUAGGAAGGUUGAAGCCAUCAUGCAUGCUUUUGAAAACUUAGAGAAAAGAAAGAAGCGGCGGGAUCAGCCCUUGGAACAAAGCAGCUCUGACAUAGAGGUUACUACCUCUACCUCAGAGACUCCUAUGGGAGAAGAAACAAAAAAUGAAGCCCCUGAAUCUGAAGUUAGCAACCCAGUUUCAAACAUUGCCAUCCCAAGCAACCCACAGAGUGUUGGAGUAAACACCCGGAGGUCUUCCCAAGCAGGGGAUGUUGCUGCAGAAAAACCAGUUCCCAAACCACCUCCAGCAAAGCCCUCUAGGCCCCGACCGAAGAGUCGAAUUUCUCGAUACCGGACCAGUUCAGCCCAAAGACUAAAGCGUCAAAAGCAGGCCAUUGCACAGCAGGCAGAAUUGUCACAAGCUGCCUUAGAAGAAGGAGCAACUAACAGCUCAGUAACUCCUACUGAAGCAGGGAAUGUCGACAGUUCAGGAGAAAAUAGACAAUUAACAGGGUCUGACCCAACUGUAGUAUCAGUUACUGGAUCCCAUGUCAACCGUGCUACGUCUAAAUACCCCAAAACCAAAAAGUAUCUAGUUACAGAAUGGUUGAAUGACAAAGCAGAGAAGCAAGAAUGCCCUGUUGAGUGCCCUUUACGGAUCACCACGGACCCAACUGUACUGGCAACGACCCUGAACAUGCUACCCGGUCUUAUCCAUUCCCCAUUAAUUUGCACCACCCCCAAACACUACAUUCGCUUUGGCUCACCCUUUAUCCCUGAGAGGCGUCGAAGACCACUUCUGCCUGAUGGCACGUUCAGCUCCUGUAAAAAGCGCUGGAUAAAGCAAGCCUUGGAAGAAGGGAUGACUCAAACAUCAUCUGUACCCCAAGAGACUAGAACUCAGCACCUAUACCAAAGUAAUGAGAAUAGUAACUCUUCUAGUAUCUGCAAAGACAAUGCAGACUUGUUGAGCCCAUUAAAGAAAUGGAAGUCUCGCUAUCUGAUGGAACAGAAUGUCACCAAGUUAUUGCGGCCUCUUUCUCCAGUCACACCACCCCCUCCCAAUCCAGGCUCAAAGAGCCCUCAGCUGACCACACCUGGCCCAUCUCACCCAGAAGAGGAGUGUCGAAAUGGAUACAGCCUCAUGUUCUCACCAAUCACGUCUCUUACCACUGCUAGUCGCUGCAAUACUCCUCUACAGUUUGAGCUUUGUCACCGGAAAGACCUGGACUUGACAAAAGUAGGCUACCUUGACUCCAACACUAACAGCUGUGCUGACAGACCUUCCCUGAUCAACUCAGGUCAUUCUGACCUGGCUCCUCAUCCUUCUGUUGGGCCCACCUCUGAGACCAGCUUUGCAAGCAGGACUGGAGAUGGACAUCAGACCCUUGUGAGAAACUCGGACCAGGCAUUUCGGACAGAGUUUAACUUGAUGUAUGCCUACUCUCCAUUGAAUGCUAUGCCUCGAGCAGAUGGAUUAUAUCGAGGAUCUCCCCUAGUAGGGGAUAGGAAGCCUUUACAUUUGGAUGGGGGCUAUUGUUCCCCUGCAGAAGGGUUUCCCAGCAGAUAUGAACAUGGUUUUAUGAAAGACCUCUCUCGUGGAUCCAUGUCACCUGGAGGUGAAAGGGCUUGUGACGGAGUCCCAUCUGCCCCCCAGAACCCACCACAAAGGAAAAAGGUAUCCCUGCUGGAGUACCGCAAAAGGAAACAAGAAGCCAAGGAAAAUUCUGCUGGUGGGGGAGGCGACUCUGCACAGAGCAAAAGCAAGUCUGCAGGAGCGGGGCAAGGCAGCAGUAACUCACUUUCUGACACUGGUGCCCAUGGUGUGCAGGGAUCCUCAGCCCGAACCCCAUCUUCCCCUCAUAAAAAGUUCUCCCCAUCUCAUUCCUCUAUGUCUCAUUUGGAGGCGGUAAGCCCAUCAGAUUCCAGAGGCACUUCAUCUCACUGCAGACCUCAAGAGAAUAUCAGCAGUAGGUGGAUGGUUCCCACAUCAGUAGAAAGACUCCGAGAAGGAGGGAGCAUCCCCAAGGUCCUCCGAAGCAGUGUGAGGGUGGCCCAGAAAGGAGAGCCUUCCCCCACGUGGGAGAGUAACAUCACAGAAAAAGACUCAGACCCUACUGAUGGUGAAGGCCCAGAGACACUGAGCUCAGCACUCUCUAAAGGAGCAGCCGUUUACAGCCCUUCCCGAUACAGCUACCAGCUCCUGCAGUGUGAUAGUCCACGGACAGAAUCACAAAGCCUCCUUCAACAGAGUUCCUCCCCCUUUAGAGGACAUCCCACCCAGUCUCCAGGAUACAGUUAUCGAACUACUGCACUGAGACCUGGGAACCCCCCUUCUCAUGGUUCUUCAGAAUCCUCCCUCUCUUCUACGUCCUAUUCCAGCCCCGCCCACCCUGUGUCCACAGACUCGUUGGCCCCAUUUACGGGGACACCAGGGUAUUAUAGCAGCCAGCCACAUUCUGGAAACAGCACCGGCAGCAGUCUUCCAAGGAGGAGCUGCCCUUCUAGUGCUGCUAGCCCUACCCCACAGGGCCCCUCAGACUCGCCGACCUCAGACUCGGUUUCCCAGUCCAGCACAGGAACUCUGAGUUCCACCUCCUUUGCUCAGAACUCUAGGUCGUCAUUGCCAUCAGACUUCCGGACUAUCAGUCUGCCCAGUGCUGGGCAGUCAGCUGCCUACCAGGCCUCCAGGGUAUCUGCGGUUUCCAAUUCACAGCACUACCCACACCGAGGGAGUGGGGGUGUGCACCAGUACCGGCUCCAGCCACUGCAGGGGUCGGGGGUCAAGACUCAGACAGGACUUUCCUAGGGCUUCUGGAUUUGGGCAAACAGAACUGAAUGAGCCCAUAGCUGCUUCCUUCCAGCUGCCUCUGGAACCUAGGCCGAGCAUAUUGCUGAGGAAGGGGGUACAAGGUGCCAGAGGAUUGGGUCUGGUCGACAAGAAACAAGACUUAUGGUCGCGACUGGCUCUGGCCUUGGAGAAAGAUGUAAAUCUUGUCUGAAGCAGAGACUAUAAAGAAGUUUCUCCCUGCUGUUAAGGGUACAUUGUUGACAAGCAAAUGGUGUUUCGGUUAGUAACGGUUCUAAGUGCAAUGAGUUGUGUUGAAGCCUCCAUCUCCCAUCCUUGCCUGUAACCUGAAGUCACUUGUGCAGUGAGGAUAUCUUUUUAAAUCAAAAAAAAAAAAAAAAAAAAGUUUUCAAAGGAAAAAGUGAAAAGAGCCAAUCUCAAAGCCCCAAGCCAUCUGAGUAGUGUUAGGGUUUUAUGCACUUAAGAAAAAAGGUAGGUAUGUAAAUGUUCACCCUAAGACAACCAUUCCAAAAGCAAGUAUCUGGCCAAGAUGUUUCCACCAAGAAUAUUCCCUCUUUUUGUCUUAAAAACAUCAAGAAGAAAACGGAUAGUGAAGCUUGGAAUGUGCUCUGACUGAGGGGUGCCUGGAUCUCUGAAGAAGAGCUCAUGUUCAACUCUUGAUUAUUCAGGAGCGGAUUAUCCUAGUAGGUUGUCUGAGCCUCCAGCUGGUACCAUCCAUUUCACAGCUCAGUAACCCAUGAAGUAAGUAGGCGAAGAAAAGGUAUACAUAACUGAGAUGUGCCAAUUGCGUUGCUACUUAUCAGCUGUUGGCAAUAAAUUUGAUUAGGAAGGGUCCCCCAUGCUUUGGGAAUUGUUUGAAUUUUAUUUUUUCUACUCCCCAUUAAUCAGGAGUUAACGAUCCCCUGAGUAGGACCGCCUCCAUGAUUAGGGAGCAUGCACUCGUGACUGCAGGGUAAGAGUGGAAAGACAUGUUUGUGGAGUGGCACCGACAGGACUGUGAUUGUGUGUGGGCAUGGCCCACGUUCCUUUGGGGGAUGCUUCUUUGAGAGUGGCCUAGGUGAGAGUAUUCUAAAGCCACCCACACACCUACACUGUUCUGGAUGAGAGACGAGAGCAGACUGGCUUCUCCCCAUCAGUGCAUUGUGCCUGUUGUACACCCCUGGAGUAGCCCUGGAGCCAGCCAGGUGGGGUACACAAUCUUUUUAAAUUCCAUACGGUUGCCAGCUUAUUUCUUUCACUUGUUUACUGUAAUAUCUGGUGUGUUUUUAUUUAUCUAAUUUUGUAUUCAGUUAUAACCAUGGUAGGGGUAGCAAAUAUAUGACAGGUGUAAUCCCUGGUGCUGCAGUGGACCUUCUUUCUUUUGGACAAGAUAAUACUGUGAGUCUCCCUCCUUCCUUCCCUCCAGUUUGUUUUCUCCUUUUUUCCCUAGCCUCUUGCAUCCCCUUCCUUUCUACCCUCUCCUACAACUAUCAUAUGCACAGUCUUCUCUCUUUGUGUGUGACUGUUACAAAAUUUCACUUUUUCAAAAUUGAAAUCAGGUGUUUGCUCAAAUGAGGGGAGUUUUUUUUUUUUUUUCUUUUUUUAAAUGCUGAGACAUCAG